AUCUUAUAUGCCAAAGAAAAAUUCUUUCUUGGCUUACGUCUUCUGUCUGACGAUUAACGCAAGUUGUAUGUAGUGUGUUGUUUUUGUCUAUAAAAACCCUUAAGCACGUCAUGUUCAAAACAAAAUCAUAUUAAAAUAAAAUCCGUAGUUUUGUUUGAAAAACAAAAAAUUGUUUAAAGAAAUACGAAACAAAUAAAAAGUAUAUUUAAAACACCAUUACCGCUUGUUGUUCCUUACUUCUAUUUAAAGCCUAGAAGUACAACAUACAUCUUGUGCUUUCUGUUAAGUGAGUGUCAGAAUUAUGAGAUUCUUUAUUCAAACUAUUGGCAUAAUUCUAAUAUGUUUAAAUCUCAUAAUAUUGCACAUUGCUGGCUCUACGGCCGCACCACUAGACACAGUGGACUCGACAAAAAGCCAACAGCAACUAACUGCCGAUAUGGUGAAUACACUUAAAUAUGAAAAUUCCAAUAUUGGUAUUGAUGGUUAUGAUUUUGCUUUUGAAACAAGCGAUGGUGUGUUGCGUAAGGAAACGGCCACUGUUAAGAAUAUCGGCACUGAGGAGGAGGCUAUAUCGGUGGAGGGUACCGUUAGUUGGGUUGGACCCGAUGGUGUUCAGUAUACUUUGAAUUAUUUGGCUGAUGAAAAUGGUUUCCAACCGGAGGGUAAACAUUUACCAGUUGGUCCCGAAAGCUAAUUUAUUAAAAAUGUAUUUAUAUGUUAAAAAAUUUUAUUUGUUACGCAUUGAACAUUCUGUGAAU